AUGGAGGCGCUCGACCGCGCGCGCGCGCUGAACGCGCUGCUGGCGCUGCCGCGGCUCGAGCGCAUGCUGCGCGUGUACCGCACGUGGAUAAACGUGGAGGGCGUGGAGGGAGGCAUGGCGCUCACGCGGCGCGAGCUGCAGUGCGUGCUCGAGUUCCCCACGCAGGAGCAGCACGUCGACUUCCUCUUCGAUACGUUCCGCUGCGGCUCUCCCUCUCGGCCUCGUGUGGACCUGCUGACGCUGCUGACGACCGCCGCCGCGCUGGCGCAGGGCGCGCUGGCGGACAAGGCGCGCUUCGUGUUCGCGCUCGUGGACCUGGACACGGAGGACGACAUCGUGGAGGCGGAGCUGGCGCUCGUCAUCAGCUCAUGCUGCAGCGGGCUCUACAGUCUCGGGCUGAUCCCCGAGGAGGGUCGCGUCUCUGAGAUGGACGCGAUUUCACUCGCGUACGAGGCCUUCGACUUCGUGGAGCUCGAGGACGGAGACAAAAUGACGUUCGCCAUGUUCCUCAAGUGGUGCGUGUUCCACCCGAGACCCAAGGCGCUGCUAGAAAGGAUCGGCUGUUUGUUGUCUGCGUGCGACGUAGUGAAGAAGAUGAAGGACGCGCUGCAGGAACACAAGGAGAUGCUGGAGGCUGGUCCGUUCUGGAAUCGGAACGCUAUGCACCUUGACGUGCUCAAUAAAGAUGCGGAGGAGCCUGCAGUUGUUGAACGGGUGCGUACGUGCGUAGCAACUGGUGUACGACAGUCGGACCUAACUUUGAUAGUACUGGCUUAUAAUUGGUCUUGUAUGGUAUUGAUAAGGUUGAACUCGAACCAUCACAAGGGCCACGUGAAGUUCGCCGAGUUGUAA